AUGAAGUUCUUUAUCGUUCUUCUUUUUGGCUUCAUCUGCGGCACCUGGGCCAUUGAUUCGCAUACAAAUCCCAACCAACCCAUCAUCUGGGGCAAAUGCGUGGUAGAGACGAAUUUCUGCAAGUUCAAGAUUUAUACCAAGAAUGGAAUCAACAAGAAGAAGAACAUGCAGAGGUGGGACUACUCCCGGACUUCACGGGCUUGCGGCGACAGCAAGUGCUCAGAGGAUGGCGCCGACUGCAGCUAUAGUAUCAAGUACAGGAAUACUGAAUGCUAUUAG